AUGAUCCUCAGACGCCCUCUCCUCAACGCGACAGCCGCAGUCUCCAUACCAAAGACAUGCGUGCGCAACCUCCAGCACUCCAUCCCCAUGCGCCCCGUGCCCAAGCCCAUACCCUUCAUCCCGGACCACACCGCCUUCCUCAGCGCCAUCGGCCGCGGCCUGUCCGCCCACGCAACCAAGAUCCCCUCGUGGGAAGCCCUCUUCACCCUCACAUCCCCGCAACUAAAAGAGCUCGGCGUCGAGCCCGCACGCUCAAGGCGGUAUCUGCUCCACUGGAGAGAGAAGUUUAGGAAUGGCGAAUAUGGCAUUGGAGGCGACUGCAAGCAUGUAUCGGACGGCGUGGCGGAGUUGCAAAUCGUGCAAGCCCCCGUACCACCAAACCCAACGCUCGGAAACACGAUUAGCCCGAGAUCCGCAGCGGCGACGGCCACGCAUGAUCCCGGCACGAGGAGAUUCGUCGUCAAUGUGCCCGUGGGUGCUGAGGCGCCUGAUGCACCGCCCGAGACAUUACCGAGGGUGCAAGGCGUGGUUGUCAAGGGUGCGAAGACGAUCAAGGGCAGUUUCGUGGAGCCUGUGAAGGGGAGCGAUGGCCUGAAAGCGAGGAUAAAGUUAAAGGAGGGCAUUUGGGAAGAGCGGAGGGGCCACAAGGUUGAUGGUGGUGAGAGGAGGAAGGCGGAAGUCAGGGCGAAGAGGAGGGCCGCCGAGAAAUAAGGAGAAGGCAAGGUAGAGCGUAUGGAAUGAGAAGAGCUCUUGACCUGAAAGAUCUGGGGAUUGGACAACAUGUGUUUUCCCCCUGACUGUGCACAGCAGGAUAUCUUGUGCUAGUAUCUUUCCACGGUAGAAUAUUCAAUGGUAACAUCUCGCCUCA